CGUCAUGGCUCGCUGCCGACACCCCGGCGACGUUCCCAGAGCACCACGUGUUCCACCUCUUCUGGUUCUUCGACGCGGGGUCCGUCCUGUGUCAGGAUCGGCAGACGGUGGAUGGAGUACCAGGGUGCCAACAACUGGGACGGCCUCCUCGACCCGCUCGACGACACGCUCCGCUCCGAGAUCGUCCGCUAUGGCGAGUUUGUCCAGGCUGCCUACAACUGCUUCGACUUCGAUCCCUCCUCCCCCUCCUACGCUACCUGCCGCUUCCCCAAGAACUCCCUCCUCCGCCGCUCCGGCCUCUCCUGCACUGGCUACCGCGUCACCCGCAAUCUCUACGCCACUUCCGGCAUCGUUCUCCCCCGCUGGGCCCGCACUGCCUCCACCUGGCUCUCCCGCCGCUCCAGCUGGAUCGGCUACGUCGCCGUCUGCCAGGACGAGGACGAGAUCGCCCGCCUCGGCCGCCGCGACGUCGUCGUCUCCUUCCGCGGCACCGCCACCGGCCUCGAGUGGCUCGAGAACCUCCGGGCCACUCUCACCCACCUCCCUUGCCCCUUCCCACCCUCAUCCUCCCAGCCGGAGCCCAUGGUGGAGCGUGGCUUCUGGAGCCUCUUCACCUCCCCCGGCUCUGUCCGCCGGUGCCUCCGUGACGAGGUGCGCGAUGAGAUUGCUCGCCUUCUCGACGCCUACGGAGGCCAGGGCCAGCCCCUCAGCCUCACAGUCACCGGUCACAGCCUCGGCGCCGCGCUCGCAGUUCUCACCGCUUACGACAUCACAACGACGUUCCCAGACCCGCCGAUGGUCACCGUGGUUUCUUUUGGGGGGCCGCGCGUCGGCAACGCCAGCUUCUGCCGCCGGCUGGAAGAGCGAGGGGGCAAAGUUUUAAGGAUAGUGAACACACAAGACAUCAUAACCAAGGUCCCCGGAUUCGUCAUCGACGACCGCAAUGUGGACGAGGACGGCAACGAAGGCGUGAUACCGAGCUGGCUGCUGUCAAAGACCGGGUGGGUCUACGCCGACAUCGGCCGCGAGCUCCGCGUCAGUGGUCGGCGGACGGCCAAUGUGGUGGCCUGCCACGACCUCAGCGUCUACCUCAACCUCCUGAACCAGCUCAGUGCCAAAUGUCCCUUCCAAUACUUAGCCACCCAAGCAAUGGCCGGCCAGCGAUGACAGUGUUCAUCUUUUUAAUUUCUUGUACGGUCUCAUUUUCUUUCAAGUACAAGAUUUAGUCUUUUCUUUCCCCAUUUUUUUUGGAACUGGGGAUCUUAGAGUAAGAAAGAAAAAAUAGCGCAGAAAAUGGAAAAGGGCUUCCCUGUUUGGUUAUGGUGGGGUUCGGUGGGUGUGGUUUAACGACCUUAUGGGAUAUUUCAAAGUACGAGACUUUGGCCUUCGGAAAAUACGAAUUCUAACUAAGGUCUAUA